AUGGAAGCUGUCUCCGCGGCUCCUGCGGCCGCUGCGCCGGAAGUUCCUGCCGCGGAGCCCGCGCCUGCGCAGAGUGAGGACGCCGCUCCUCCGGCGCCGGUCGCUGCCGGCGAAGAGGGCUCGACGGUGGCGAGCCCGCUGGCUGACACGGGGCAGAAGGAAGAGUCUGUCUCCUCGCCGCCGUCGGCGGCGCAUGCCCCGGCGGCGCUUGAGGUCUCGGGGCUCUCCGCGGCGUCGAACCGCGAGACGAGCGGCUUGGGGACGCAGGAGGCGCCAGCGCACGGCUCGGGAGGCGUUCUGGGCUUCCUGGCGAGCCUGCUGCCGCGGAGCGAUCUCCCCGGCGCGAGGCAGAAGACGCCGUUUGGCUUGAACCGCUACGUGCUGCUGUUGGUCUACUCAGUAGUCGUCUUCACGACUGGUGCCGUCUUUUACGGCUGGACGGCGUUGUCCGGGAUGAUUUUCCGCAAUGACGGCUUGGCGCACCUCUGCCCGAAGAAUGCGUCCGGGGAAUACGAGCCCGACAUGAGGAAGCAGGGGCAGUUGUUCAUCUGCGAUGAGCAGGACGCAGCGGUGCAGAAGCUAUACACGAUGACGUUCGCGGUGGCGUGCGUGAUGAGCGCGUGCGCCGGGACGCUUCUUGACUGGUUGGGUCCGCUGUUCACCGAGAUCUUGGGGCAGACAUUCAACUUGGUCGGCUGGCUCCUGCUUGCCUUCUCGUCUCCCGACUUUCCUGCCUACUAUAUCUCGCUGGUGUUCAUCGGCCUCGGCGCAGACUCGUCGCUGCUCCCCACUCUCUGCGUCCGCCGCCUCUUCCCGGGCUCGACUGGCUUGAUCAUCACAAUCAUUGGCUCCGCGGCCUCGGCGAGCUUCGGCAUUCCGUUGAUUCUGAACUCGAUCGUUGAGAAUCACGGCGCGAGCGUGCGGACGGUCAGUCUCUGCUACUGCUGCGUGGGUCCGGUGCUUGGCAUCCUGAUUGCGAUCUUCCUCAUUCCGCGGAGUGGCUUCGCGCUCGACGACGCGGGCACGACCUUCCGCGAAGAAGAGGAGAUGCUCAUCACCGAAGAGGAGGAAGCUCGCCACGGGAUCGUGCCUGAGCCUGCGCCUGGCGGCUUUGAGGACGGCUGCGUGGGGCGCGGAGGAGGCGAGCGCGAGUCGAAGCGCGAGAAAGCGAAGCGGAAGGCCAACCGACUCGCGCGCGACGUCGUCGGAUCUUCUUUCUGGAAGCAGCUCCUGUCGAUUCGCUACUGUCUCAUCGUCGUCUACUUCGUUGUGGUUUCUUGGGGGACAUCCUACUACCAGCAGGCGGCGCGCCGCAUGUUUUCUGACGCAGUCAUCUCGGUGCUUGAAGUCCUGCUGCCGCUCUCCUUCAUUCCCUGCAUCAUUCUGGGCAAGAUCGCAGACAUGGUAGGCAUUUUCAAGGUGCUGUUUGUGAUCAACUCCGCCGGCCUAUUGACCUACGUCUUCUCGUUCUUCGAUUCAGACGGGACCGGCUAUGCAUCCGCCCUCUGUUUCAUGAUCUACAUGUCGCUGCUCACGAGUCAGAUGUUUGUAUACAUCGAGGCGACUUUCUCGCCGAACCACUUUGGCAAGCUCAUCGGCAUCGGCACUAUGGUCGGCGGACUCCUCUCGCUCGUCUCCAACUGCCUCUACGAAGACGUGACCGUGAACCGCGAAGGCGGCAACCCGCGCUCCAUUCAAAUCGCCAUGACCGCCCUCCUCUGCGUCCAGUACGUCUGGAUUGCGACCCUCGCCAUUCUCCACGUGAAAAACCCUAAACCCUACGCCCCGCGACAAGUCGAACCGAGCAGCGACGCCAGCAAGAAGGCUGAAGAAGGCGAAGUCCUCGUCUAA